GAUAACUUUUCCUUCUCUGCGAGUCUCCAGUACUCUUCUCUGCCCGUGCCUGAUCUCUCUAUCUCCGAUCCGAUUCCAUGGCUCUAAAGAAGGAUAAGGCUCCCCCACCUUCCUCUAAGCCCGCCAAGUCCGGUGGUGGAAAGCAGAAGAAGAAGAAGAAGUGGAGCAAGGGAAAGCAAAAGGAGAAGGUCAACAACCAGGGCACUUACGACAAGCUCCUCUCUGAGGCACCCAAAUUCAAGCUCAUCACGCCUUCCAUUCUCUCUGAUCGUUUAAGGAUUAAUGGAUCACUUGCAAGGAAGGCUAUAGGAGAGUUGGUGGCUAGAGAUUCAAUCAGGAUGGUUUCUGCCCAUGCAAGUCAGCAAAUUUACACUAGAGCUACAAAUACCUAGAUGUAUAUAGUGCUGGUCAUAAUUUGUCUAGUAUUGGCAAGACAAUUGAAGUAAUUUUCCAUGUCUUGUUUAAGACGCACAUUAGUUUUUUUUUUUUUUUGGCUUAAUUGCACUUUUGGUCCACCAACUAUGACCUUCCUGUGAAAAUCGUCCCUAAACUUCAAAAUUAGCAAAAAACGACCCUGAAGUUUACACCCGGUUGCAAAAUUGGUUUUUCGUCCAAAAUCUAACUGAAAAUGAUGAUAUGGCAUUUCUAUGA